AUGUUGAAAUAUGUCAUUGCAUAUGCCCACGGCUCCUCGUCCUCGUUGUCGCAAUCGCCCGGUCCCGCGGCUUUAGCUUUGCUUUCUAUCUUCGCUCACGCUGUUGUUGACAAGAUCAAGACAGAUGCUUCUAGUCUCACGGGACGUGGGAUUAUUGUCUUCAAAUCGAUUCUCACCUCCUACCUUCCAUCCAUUCAGGAACAUUUCAGCCCUUCUCUUGACCAGCUUCAAUAUUCGACAGAUCGUAGACGGACUUUAGCAAUUCUUGAAAAUUUGGAGAAGCUUUUCCAGUGGCCAUCUUGUGUUGAGCGAGUCCAUGUCAAUUAUUUCGAUCCCAGCCACUACCCGAAGCUCACUGAGCUCCUGUUAAAGGGCAACUCUGCCCAACGAGAACUGCAAAUUUUUGCGACCGCUCUGGCAACAAAAAACCAAUCUGCUUCUGCUCUUUGGAAGCAGCUAGUCGAUUCGUUGGAAGAUUUCUUCGAGCCUGAAAUUGAGGAACGUGGUCCAGAUCUAUCCGAGUUGCAGGAAUGGGACGUGGCAAAUGAAGAUCCCGACGACAAUCAAGCCUUCGUACUGAAUUUACACAAGGCGCUUUGGGAACAUUUUCUUUUCAAUUGCCAAUACGAAUGGGAAUCAGUUAUUACCAAUCUCCGCUUGAAUUGGUGGUCUAAGGAAGAACUUGCGGGGACAUAUGCUGUAUGCUUUUCCCUAUUCUUCUUGGGUGACCAAAGACCUGAAAAUUGGAAUGCGGCUUGCCAAUGGCAGGAUACCCAGAUAUCAGUCUUCAAGUUGAACAAAGUAAUUCUUGUGGAGCCUCAAGAGGUCGACGUAGCCGAGGCCGAGAAAGGCACACUAGUGCUUCUUCCAUCAGGCGCAUCAGAGAACAGCAAGGACUGUGACGAGACCGUCUCGUCGUGUUCUGAAGAUGAUGAUGGUGACGAAUUCUGGGAAUUACUCGGUGUUCCGACGCAAUCUCAGCUUAAAUUUGCAUAUGCCGCGUCUUUCAAGUACAGAGGACCAAGCCAGGCAAUCCGACCAUCCCUCAGAAACUAUCCUAGCGUGUCUCUCACGAAAUUGCUGGGAUCUGAGAAAUUCAACGAUAAACCGAAACUCUUACUCUCGUUUUUGUUAGUGCGUACGCUUUGGCAAUACUACGAAUCAGACUGGAUGGGCGAAGACUGGAGCAAAGACUCUGUUCAUUUUAUGUUCAAUGAGCAUGAUGGUGUUUCCAAGGUCAUAUCAGUCAACGAGCCUUUUUUGCAAACACGUUUCAACAUAGUUGACCAAAGUAACGAGAUUGAAAGCACAUCAAAACCAACGACAGUUCGUUCUAGUAAGAAACAGCAUAAAAAGCACCUCAAACACCAAGCUAAAUUGCGAACUCAUCCAUAUCCAAAAGUGUUGGCAUUAGGAAUAAUGCUCCUCGAGAUAGAACUAGGCCAAAGAAUUGAAAACUUUGGUGGCCGGGAAUGUAACGAUUCAGAUGAAGUCAAUGUCCUUCACAACAUUGGGGUCAAGGUUCUUAGGAAUGAAAAGGUUUGGCCACCGAAGGGAAUUUACACCGCCGUAAAACGCGCCAUAGAGAUAUGCAUCAAACCCGAUCUUGAGGUCUUAGGUACCAACAAGAAAUUGCUGCGAGGCAACUUCUUUCACGCUGUUGUAGGGCCUCUGAAGGCGAUGGUCGCUGGGGCAUGGCCGAAUGCCGAUACGCAAGAGAUGAACCCAAUCGUUUUCGAAGAUACAGAUUUUUCACCAUCACCGGUAGCUGGUGAGCUUAGCAUUCACAACACCAAAACUAAUAACUCUGGCUAUGCUAUCAAUCCUCCAGCCCCGCCACCAAGCAAUAGCGCAUUAAACAUUGGAAAGCCUUCCGUAGCUAUAGCUGGAAACGUAAUGGCAACAGAUUCACCGAUUACAGUCGAUCAAUGGUUUGAAAACUUGGACGAUUUCGAUUACGCCCUCAAGAUCUCAAAAAGUAGGAGAAACGAGAACUGUCAACCUAUCAAAGUAGCAAUACUUGAUACUGGUGUUCUUGAAUCGUAUUACCAGGCCGAUCAAAUGUUCCAGAAAAGCAUCAAAAAUUACAAAGAUUUUGUGUCUGAUGAUUUAACUACACGACGAGAGAAUACCGGCCAUGGAACCAAUUGCAUUCAGCUGCUUCAAAAAGUAUACGCAGAUGCAGAGAUCUAUGUGGGUCGUGUCUUUCAGGGGUCUCAGGCGACUGACAACACACAUAAGCUCAUGGCAGCAGCAAUCAAACAUGCAGUAGAUGUAUGGAAAGUAAAAGUUAUAUGCAUGCCCUCUGGCUUCACAACGGCAAGCCAAGAGAUUGACGAUGCCAUCUCCACAGCUAUCUACGCCAGAACACUCGUCUUCGCAGCAGCUUCCAAUCUGAGCAAUUUCACCAGUAUCGCCUUCCCAGCACGUCUCUUCCAAACAUUCCGCCUGUUUUGCAUGUUCUCCACCAUCGCUGGCGCAAAACCGACUUGUUACUUCAAUCCCGCCGCCCACAAAAAGGCUCGAUACAAUUUCGCUAUCUUAGGUGAAGGAAUACAAGUCCCACCAAUCCACAAUGGAGCUAUCCAGAAUCCACUCUCAGGAACUUCCUUCUCUACUAUAGUCGCUGCUGGUGUAGCCGCUAAGAUCAUCGACUUCUCCAGCCAUCCAGACGUGCGCGGUAAGAUUGAUGAUGUUGACGCUUUGUGCCAGGUCGAGGGUAUGUCGGAAGUCUUCGCGCAGAUGGUGUCGGCGGUGGAUAAUAGUUAUCAUUGUCUUACACCUUGGAAAUUGUUACGUGGAUGGAGACCAGAGGAUGCCGAGGAGGAGGAAAUGCGACUGGCGGGUUGUACUGCGUGGUAA